AUGGGCAACAGUUCUAGACCGAAAUGGACCAUAUCAAAACAUUCAAAACAGACUUGGAACGAAAUAGUGGAUGAGGUAGAAGAUCAUUUUGUUGAAUCAUUAGAACAAUGGAGACAAAAAGUAGGCAUUAAAAAGAUGACACUGUUCGGUCAUUCGUUGGGUGGUUAUUUUGCCGCGUGUUAUGCUUUGAAAUACCCUGAAAAGGUUGAGAAGCUGAUUUUGGUAUCUCCUGCCGGAAUACCCGAGAACACUCCAGAAGAGCGUGUCAAUAACAGCGAUACUACAACACUGCAUGAAAGACUUGAAGAGGAAGCAAAUCAGAUAGGAGCAUAUUACCAAGCCGAAGCAGCGGCUGCUGAGAAUGCCGCAAAAAUGCAACAACAACAAGAACAAGUACAGCGGCUAGAAGGUAGUAGCAGUAAUAGUAGUAGUCAAAAUGAUAAUAGCACAACAUUAUCACCGCCACAAAGGCGUAAAAUACCUGCAUGGGCUACCUAUUUGUGGGAUCGCAAUAUCACUCCCAUGUCAAUUAUUCGGAUGAUCGGUCCAUUCGGCCCGAGUUUAGUUCAUACGUACACAUCAAGGAGAUUUGCUCAUCUGGAGACAGCCGAACAACAUGAUUUGUAUGAUUAUAUGUAG